UGCUUUUUCGGUCCUUUUCGUAGCACGAGGACACCCUCAUGCCUCUAUGGCCGCUGGCUGCUUCAGUUUUUAACGUAUGAUUUGAGUUAAAUUACUUCCUUCGACAUGGACACUGAUAAAAAUCCCACCCAAGACACUGGCGCAGCCGUGGACAGUAAAAACGACUCCGAAUCAUUCACAAAGGUGAAGUCGAAAAGGAGUCAGAAGCGGAAACGUGAGCAGGACGGAGUAGACAUGGACACAGAGGGGCCCGUGGCACACAAGCGGCCUCAGUUUCCACCAAUUUCUGGGGAUAAAUUACAGGGCCCGGAUGAGAUGCGCAAAAUAGCCGUCCCAGCGCACAGGUACACCCCUCUGAAGGAAAACUGGCUGAAGAUUUUCACUCCCAUCGUGGAGAAUUUACACCUUCAAGUCCGAUUCAACCUGAAGACCAGAAAUGUUGAAAUCAAAACGUGCAAGGAAACCCAGGACAUCGGCUCCCUCACAAAAGCUGCAGAUUUUGUUAAAGCCUUCGUUCUUGGAUUCCAGGUUGAGGAUGCCUUGGCUCUCAUCAGAUUAGAUGAACUUUUCCUGGAAAGCUUUGAUGUCACAGACGUGAAACCUCUGAAGGGCGACCACCUAUCCAGGGCCAUCGGGAGGAUAGCAGGAAAGGGAGGAAAAACUAAAUUCACCAUCGAAAACGUGACAAAGACUCGCAUUGUGCUGGCAGACACAAAAGUGCACAUCUUAGGCUCUUUCCAGAAUAUUAAGACAGCCCGAACGGCGAUAUGCAACUUAAUUUUAGGAAGUCCACCUUCAAAGGUCUACGGCAACAUCAGAGUGGUGGCCAGUCGCACUGCGGAGAGGUUCUGAGGUCCUGUACGCCUUGGUUGUUGAACACGCUUUGGACCUGCAGCUAGUCUCAAUCUGAUCCAGACAACUAAAGACUGAUGGUGUCGUAGCGUUUAUGUAAAUAAAUUUACGUUAAAAACAGUUAAUUUUUUGCAUUAUUCACAGUGUUGGUUUAAACACUUUUAUCCUUAAACAGUGAGCUGGAACACAAAGAAACGACUGCA